AUGGGCAAAUCCUCAAAGGACAAGAGAGACGCGUACUACCGCCUGGCUAAGGAGCAAAAUUGGCGUGCCCGGUCUGCCUUCAAACUCAUCCAGAUCGACGAACAGUUCGACCUGUUUUCAUACAGCGAGCCCGAGAAAUGCACGAGGGUGGUCGAUCUAUGCGCCGCCCCGGGCUCGUGGAGCCAGGUUCUCUCGAGGGUGUUGAUCAAAGGUGAGAGUUUUGGACGGAGGGCCUGGGUUGAGAAAAUGGAAAGACUCCAGCAGGUACAGCCACAAAAGGGGAACAGCAUCACUGAGGACACGUCGUCCCUCGACAUCAGCCCAGCGAGUCGCGAAUUGAAGCCUCGAGCGAACUUCAAGAUUGUCGCCAUAGACUUGCAACCCAUGGCACCGCUCGAAGGCAUCACGCAACUCAAAGCCGACAUCACCCACCCGUCCACCGUUCCACUCCUGCUCAGAGCCAUCGAUCCAGACUUUUCCCCUCAGAACACAACCCAUCUGAUCGACCUGGUAAUAAGUGACGGUGCUCCCGACGUCACGGGUCUCCACUCCCUUGACAUUUACGUUCAGUCACAACUGCUGUAUUCGGCGCUCACGCUCGCCACAAAGGUCCUGCGCCCAGGUGGAAAAUUUGUGGCCAAGAUCUUCCGCGGUCGAGACGUUGACCUGAUUUAUGCGCAGUUGAGAAUUUUGUUUGAAAAAGUGAGUGUGGCCAAGCCGAGGGCCAGUCGGGCGAGCAGUAUCGAGGCAUUUGUGGUCUGCGAAGGCUAUAAACCGGUCAUGGUAAGACGAGAGGAUGGAACGGAAGUUCUAUGGACCCCAGAACUCGAGGUUGAGGAUGGGAUGCGACUUCCAGAGCCCGAAGCUGUAUCAGAAUCUUUAUCAACAGCGCAAGAACAAGAGCAAAAACAAGGCUCCCUGUACUCUGUCCUUCAAACCAUACACCAAACCGACAACGCUCCUAUCUUAGAAUCACAGCCAUCAAUGAGAGACGUGCAUACCCAACCGCAAACACAGACGCAAACCCGACACCUCCGCACCGAUGGCAUCGUCGAACUCCGACUGCCUUCCAUCGAAGACGCCGACCCUCGGAGAUACAUUGCUCCAUUCCUGGCCUGCGGCGACCUGUCAGCCUGGGACAGCGACGCGACCUACAAGCUGCCGGAGGGUCAUGUGUCGCUGGACCCGGUUCAACCCCCAACAGCCCCUCCCUAUAAGUUGGCUAUCGAAAAGCGGCGGGUAGAAGGAGGAAUGUACGGGAAGACGAAGCACAAAUGA